AGGUAAACUACCCCCAUCUGCGCCAUGACGUCAUUGGGAUGGGCGAGUCACGUGAUCGAGUCCGAGAGAAACCUGCGGUUUAAUAUUACUGAAAUGGAAGGAAGAAGAAAAAGAAAGGAAGGAGGCAAAGCGAACAAGGUGAUCCUACGUUCAUAAGGUUUGCAUUCUGACCUGCAAGCCAAUGUAAGUCGAGUUGAGUGACUGCGUGUGAAAGGGACCACCACCAUCCUCAUGUCCUAUGGAGGAGGCUUUCACGGACGCACUGAGCGUGUCCGCCAGGCGCCGUAUUAUGACCAGGUUCCGCACGAGUCCCUGCCCCGCCCAGAGUCCUACGACCUGCGGCCCCUGAGGGAGGGGAGGGCCCCUCACCUGGCAAACAGCUCAGACCCACUCCCUCCUCCCCCUCUGCCUGAUCAGCCCCCAGUCGGCCCGGAGUUUGAUCCCAGCGGCAGCGAGGGCGACACCGAACUGGAGCCGGACCCGGCCAUCGACAUCAAGCCAGUCCACCGCUUCAUCCCAGAUUCCUGGAAAAACUUUUUCAGAGGAAGCAACCGCAGCAGCAAGAAGGCCUGGUCCAUGCCUGAGUCCUCAUGCAACAACAACAACGGCAGCACCACUGACGGGGUGCGCUGUUCCCCGCCACACUCCCCCUCCCUCCCUGGAUCAUACCGGGAUCCGUACGGCGGCUCCGGCGGCAGCUACAACUCCCGCAAGGAGCUCCUAGACGGACACGACGUCCUCGGCUCUGUGUCGGGACACACACACCACACGGCUCUGACGUACAGCGAGCGGGUGGAGGAGUACCACCAGCGCUAUGGCUACAUGAAGUCGUGGGCGGGGCUACUGAGGAUCCUGGGCUGCGUGGAGCUGCUGCUGGGAGCAGCUGUGUUCGCCUGCGUCUGCGCUUACAUCCACAAAGACAAUGAAUGGUUUAACAUGUUCGGAUACUCCUCUCCUGGCGGAGCGUAUGGCGCAGGUUAUUACGGUGGCGUAUCGAGCGAAACGUACUACACCGGACCCAAGACUCCGUUUGUGUUGGUGGUGGCAGGACUGGCCUGGCUGGUGACCGUAAUCAUGCUGGUACUGGGGAUGACCAUGUACUACCGAACCAUCCUGCUGGACUCCAACUGGUGGCCCCUGACGGAGUUCGUCAUAAACCUGGCUCUGGCGGUGCUGUACAUGGCGGCAGGCAUCGUUUAUGUCAGAGACACCAACCGAGGAGGACUGUGCUCCUACCCAGUCUUCAACAACGGUAUCAACGGGGUCUUCUGCAGAAUUGAGGCCGGUCAGACCGCAGCCAUCAUCUUCCUCUUUGUCACUAUGGUUGUGUAUCUGAUCGGGGCCAUUGUUUGUCUGAAGCUGUGGAGGCACGAGGCCGCCCGCAGGUACCGGGAGAGGUACGGCCAGGAGCCUUCUGAUCUGCGUGCCGUGCAGUCCCUUGUGGUUCCUGAUUCUGCUCCGGCUCCCAGAAUUCCAGAGCAGGUCCAAGGCUCCUCGGUCGUUCCCAUCCAAGCUGUACCGAAGAAACUUCCUCCGAAGGUUGUGCAGGGAGCCAUACCGUCAGGAUAUAUCCCAAAACCUGUCGUCGUCCCAGAUUACAUUGCGAAAUAUCCGGUGAUCCGGUCUGAUGAAGAGCGGGACCAGUACCGAGCUGUGUUCAACGACCAGUACGCAGAGUACAAGGAGCUCCAUGCAGAUGUUCAGGCCACACUGAAGAAGUUUGAUGAGAUGGACGCCAUGAUUCACAGUCUGCCUCAGCAGCCCACAACCCAGAUGGAGGUGGAUCGCAUCAACAGGAUCCUGCAGGACUACCAGAAGAAGAAAAACGACCCCACCUUCCUGGAGAAGAAGGAGCGAUGCGAGUAUCUGAAGAGCAAACUGUCGCACAUCAAACAAAGGAUACAGGAGUACGACAAAGUCAUGGAGUGGAACGACGGAUACAGCUAAAGCUCGGCCUGAACGCCAGGCUGCCGCCGCUAGCCAACCGCUAGAGGUGAAAAUGGCACUGAAGGGCAAACGAAGGCUAAUUCAAAUGAGUUAUUAGUUUGUCAGAAUGUCUGUAAGCAUUUUUUCAAAGAUCGCAAGAGGGAGAUUAAAAGGGCAAACAUGCUUUAUAUUUUCUGAAGAUUCUCAGAAUGCUAUUUCUAGAAAAGCACCUGGAACCCAACAGGUUACAAAAUCUCCACCUCAGCACUUCUCAGAGCUUUUCUUCACUAGAAUCAAACCUGAUGUUUAGAUCUAUAUUUUUUUUCUACUGUAAUAGUGCGCAGAUGCAGCCUGAUGUCUAAUAAAACCAAGAAAAGACGACUUUAUUACAGGUUAGGAGAGGAGAGAAGCAUCCUUCAAGAUUUUUGGUCCAGAUUUGAACUUUUUUCCUAAAGCUUUAACUUUAUGAAGUUGAUUCUGAAAUAAGUAUAUUUUAGGACUAAUUUUUUCAACUCAAGCGUUAAAGAUGAAAUAUUAUUUAGAUCAAAUCACUGUAAAUCAGUUUUAAAUAAUUGCAGAUCUUAUUGUGCAUCCUAUGCUUGUAAUCACCAUGGUUACCAAAAAAACUGGGCAGAAGUCUUUAAUUUGGUCCUUUAAUAGAGCUAAUGCAGAUAUACGCUUUAUUUUUUGUAGUAUUUUUUUACCUUCCUGAUUUCCCUCUUAUUUUGAAAAGUAACUGAUGACCUUUACUCUUUCCAUGUCAGACUUCCUGUCUAGCUUUCCUUUUUCUUCCUGGUUCUUUUUUUUUUUUUUUUGGAAUUGAUGCUUUUUCCAAAGGAAUUCAUCAAAACUGGACUAAAUGUCUCUCUGUACCUUUAAUUGCAUCCCUUCUCCAAACACACCUGAAAAUGGCUGAAAUCUCCAAUCAGUCAUUCAGCUCUGCAGACGUUUGGUACCGACCCAUUAGCUUAAUUAACUCGUGUUGGUUCUAAAUGCUGCAGGAUGGUCAGAAUCUGUGAGCUCCUCUCUUCUGGACAAACCUAGGAAAAAAAAAAACAAUCAUUCGACCUCAUUUGUUAUGAAGCUGUAAACAUU